AUGUUUAUUAGAUCAUCUUCUUCUCGUUCUUCGUUAAACACUCUAGGAUCCUUCCGUAAUAUAAUCCAUUCCACCGGAUUCCCGGCGACCACGAGCAUCGAGAGGCUCGACGUGCUUAACGACGAGUUGCACGUUAUGGUGUUUAGCCUCGUUGGUGGUGAUCGUAGUCAUCGCCUUGCUAACUACCAAGGAACCAUUUCUCUAUUAAGAGCGGGAAGGAGGACAAUUGUUACGGAGACGUAUAAAGUGGAUGUACCUAAAGAUAGUAACGAGGAGGAUACUCGUUAUUUUGUUGAUACUAUGGUAGGACUUGAUCUUAAGUCUUUGGCUCGUAUUGCCGAGCGUAUCAUUGUCUAG